AAAAUGGCGGCUGCGACCGAUCAGAAGCGGGACGCCAGCCAUUCGUUUUGAGCUUUCUCACGUAAACCGAGACCGGGGCUUUACGGGACUACUUCUUUGGAAUCUACGCAAAUCAAGCUUUCUGGCGGUACCCGUUUUUCUUGUUUCUGUGAAGGCUAAAUAAACGCAGAAAUUGAAAUUGAAAAUAAUAGCUUUUAUAUAUAAUGAGGGGGAAAAGAGGCAGGCCGCCCAAAACCCUGCGGAUGCAGGAGCCUUCAUCUGAGCCGGAGCGUGGCUUGAGACCCAGGAGGGAGUUGAGGGCAAAGGGGAGAGGUAGUGCCGAGGUCGAUUUUGAGAGUCCCAAGAGGGGAAAUAACUCUUCGUCUAGGGGCAGAAGGAAAGUGGGAUCAUCUCGCGGUAGGGGAAGAGGCAGAGGUUGUGGUGGCAGAGGUACUAGGGGCAGACGGUCAAUCGCUAGAUCUGUGGUUUAUGAUGAUCAUGAAAGUGAUGAAGAUGAUGAUGCUGUGAGUUUGAGAUCUGAGGAGGACGAGUUGAUAGAGGAAGAGACGAUAACAGACGAGGAAGAAGAGGCCCUCAACGAGGAGUCAGACCCGCUUGAGGAAAUACUCGAGGAGGAUGAUGAUGCCAGCUACUGUACUGAAAGCAGCUUUCGGAGUCAGAGCACUCAUGGCAGCACUCCGGGGCGGAAGAGGACGCGGGUGCACUGCCCUCGCUCGCCCAUCUUUGAAGAAAAGGAGAUCCCUCCUCUGGAGCUGCCCAGAACCUCUGAGGACCUCAUGGUGCCCAGCGAGGAACUGCUCAACGUGUCCUCCAUCUACGAGGUCCUGCGCAACUUCAGCACGGUGCUGCGGCUCUCUCCCUUCCGCUUUGAGGACUUCUGUGCUGCGCUGGUAGGCCAGGAGCAGUGCACGCUGAUGGCAGAGACCCACACAGCCCUACUGAAGGCCAUCCUGCGUGAGGAAGACACCUCCAACACCACGUUCGGUCCUGCUGACCUCAAGGACAGCGUCAACUCCACCCUCUACUUUAUUGAUGGUAUGACGUGGCCCGAGGUGGUCCGUGCCUACUGCGAGAGCGACCAGGAGUACCACCAUGUCCUGCCCUACCAGGAGGUGGAGGACUACCCCUACGGCCCUCUGGACAGUAAGAUCAAGGUGCUGCAGUUCUUGGUGGAUCAGUUCCUCACCACCAACAUCGCCCGCGAGGAGUUGAUGUCAGAGGGGGUGGUGCAGUAUGAUGACCACUGCAGGGUGUGCCACAGGUUGGGGGACCUGUUGUGCUGCGAGACCUGCUCUGCCGUCUACCAUCUGGAGUGUGUGAAGCCGCCGCUGGUGGAGGUGCCGGAGGACGAAUGGCAGUGUGAGAUCUGCGUGGCACACAAGGUGCCCGGGGUCACAGACUGUGUGACAGAGAUGCAGAAGAGCAAACCCUACAUCCGCCAGGAGCCCAUCGGCUACGACCGCCACCGGAGGCAAUACUGGUUCCUAAACCGAAGGAUAAUUGUUGAGGAGGACGGGGAGCAUGAGAAGAAGAAGAUCUGGUACUACAGCACAAAGGUCCAGCUGGGAGGGCUGAUAGAGUGUCUAGACAAGGAGUACUGGGAAAACGACCUGUGUGCUGUCCUCGAGGAGAUGAGAGAGGAGGUGCACACUCACAUGGACAUCACUGAGGACCUCACCAACAAGGCCCGCGGCAACAAUAAGGCCUUCCUCACGGCAGCCAACGAUGAGAUCCUGGAGCGUGUGCACGGCAGGCAGGAACGGCGAGCAGCGGAGCAGGCAGAGAAGGCCACUACAGACACCACCAAGAUAGAGGAAGAGACCCCCACACACUGCUCUCCACUACCAGACCACAGAGAGCUCCAAGACCCCGAGUCUAAGGAGGAGGCAAGCUCACAAGGGAAGACUGGAGUUGCUCUUCUAUCAGCUGCAGCUCCCCCUGCUGGAGAAGAGAACACCACCGUCCACCCCCCUAAGCCUGGCUCGUCUACCCAGGACGGCACUCUCCCUAAACAUGAACCCCCUAAGCCUGCUGAGGUGUCCUGCUCGGCCGCCUCUGAGAGCAGGGAGAGUGGGGAGGCCUACAUGGAGCCUGAGCAGGAGAGGCCAGAUGAUAAGCCUGUAGACUCAGAGUCCCGUGGAGAGGAGGACCCCUCUGCCCAGUGCCAGCCUACUCCCACACCACAACACCCUGGAGACGAGAACAGCAACAGCAGCCACGUCUCAGCGCCUGGGGUCCUCAGGAGGCCUGAAGAGCCAAACCUCGCUGACAGGUCCUCUCAGUCCUCCAUCACCAGCCAGGACGACACGGGUGAAGGCAAUGAGAUUGGGAAUGGUGAGGGGUCAGCGUCUGGAUGGACUAACAAUCGCAUAGUGACUCGUCUGCGUAACCCGGACAGCAAGCUGAGCCAGCAAAAGACCCAGGGAGAUGGCAGCCCUACACCCAGGGACAGCAAGGAGACAUCUCCUCCCAGCUCUGAGAGUGAAGUGGCUCGUCUGGGUACUGUGAGGAAAGACUUGUCGGUGAAGGGCAACCUGAACAACUUCUUCAAGCUGGGCCAGGAGGGCAAGUUCCGAGUCUACCACAACCAGUUCAGCACCAACACACUGGGCCUCAACAAGCACCAGCAUCGUGAGGACCACGACAAGCGCCGCCACCUGUCCCAUAAGUUCAGCCUAACACCCGCCGGGGAUUUCAAGUGGAACGGCUCCAUCCACGGCUCCAAGGUGCUGACCAUAUCCACCCUGCGGCUCACCAUCAUCCAGCUGGAGACCAAUGUCCCCGCCCCCUUCCUGCACCCAAACUGGGCCUCGCACAGGACAAACUGGAUUAAAGCGGUGCAGAUGUGCAGUAAGGCUCGGGAGUUUGCCUUGGCGCUGGCCAUCAUGGAGUGUGCCAUCAAACCAGUGGUCAUGCUGCCUGUCUGGAAAGAUGCGCUUGGACACACCAGGCUCCAUCGCAUGACCUCCAUGGAGCGGGAGGAGAAAGAGAAAGGGAAAAAGAGAGAGAAAAAACUGGAGGAUGAGGAGACUAUGCAGCAGGCCACCUGGGUGAAGUACACCAUCCCCAUCAAACACCAGGUGUGGAAGCAGAAGGGGGAGGAGUACAGAGUAACUGGGUACGGGGGCUGGAGCUGGGUCAGUAAGACUCACGUCCAUCGCUUUGUUCCCAGGCUACCAGGGAACACCAACGUCAACUACCGCAAAGCACUCGAAGCAGCUAAAACUGGCAAAGAAAAUGCAACAUCCGGCCCGAACAAACGAAAAUGUUUGCCCAAAGCACCAACAAGCUCGGAAACCCAGGCAAAAGAAGAGUCUACUCCAAUUACUGAAGAAAAAGACAAGGAGGAAACCUCCACCAUGGAGUCAUCUGGGAGCACUUCACCAGGAGAGGGGCAGACUCUGAAAGAGAAGGAAGAGAAAAAUAUCACAGAGAAGGUGGAGGAGAAGAAAGAUGAUCAGGUGGAGGAGAAGACUGAGGACAAGAUGGAUGUUGACCCCAGUCCACCAGACACCUGUCUCAGUGAGGAAAAAGGUAUAGUGGACAGCAAAUGCCCCCCAUCACUGACUGAUCCUGCUGUGAAGGAGGAGCCCGGGGAGGAAGAAGAACCUAAGCAGGAGGACUCUGAGGCCAAGCCACCUGUCCGCCCAUUCAACUGGGAUGUGGUGAACGUCAGCGAGGGCUUCCAGCUCCGUACGGCCUACAAGAAGAAGGUGAAGACGUCCAAGCUCGACGGGCUGCUGGAGCGCAGAGUGAAACAGUUCACCCUGGAGGAGAAGCAGAGGCUAGAGCGCCUCAAACAGCAGUCAGCCCUGGCCAAACACACAGUCUCCAAGGAGAAAGUUAAUACAGGGACUCCCACCACCAUCAAGGCUUCUACAGCAGACAAGUUAGCAGUGAGCACUAGUCUGAAAGCUGAGGGACAAGCAGACUCAGUAGUUAAAGCCACAAUUGUUAAAAGGCUUGACUUUGACCAGGAGCAGCCAGUGAAAUCCCAGCCCUCAGGAGAGACAGAUAAUCUGGACGUCAGAUUAGGCUCCACCUGUAAACCCCAGGCAGCAGGAGCCACAGGCCCCAACCUCAACACCACAGGGUUGGCCAACCAUGAGAGCAGCGUUCAGGGCAAUGGUGGGGAUGCGUUAUCUCAAACGGAGCUGAAUGGAGGCUCCCAGAAAAGCAUAGACCUCAACAACAAAGUCAAUUUGACAUCUCUAGAACCGGAUUUAGGUGCCCCCAAACCUCCCAGAGCAGAAGUGACGAUAGCAGGAGAAAACGGUAGGAAGCAUGGUUAUGAGGAGACAGAGCAAGGUAAUGGACAGAGGGAGAUAGAAAGCAUGGACGUAAACCAAAGCAAACCACAUUUAGUGCAGGUGAACGGGAAAGACGCUGUUGACACCAAGGCUCCUGUAGACUCAAAGAUGCACUUAAACCUGGCCAACAAAGUGGACACCAAGGUCAUGCUCCAGACGUUAGAGGGUGAGAUCAAAACACUGCCAGUGAAGGAGCCUGUAAAAUCCAUUAUGAACGGUACUCUCUCUCAGGACGGGUUAAAGGUCAACAACACUGUGUUAGCCACCAGCCCAGCCUUGGCGGACGUAGAGAGAAAGGUUGUGGUGUCCGAGCCUGACUAUCUGCCACCUCAGAAGGUUGCCAGACUGGAGAAUAAUGGCGACCGGGUGGUAGACUCCGUCACGUCGUCACUGUUAGGGCCGCCCACUGGUGUUCCCACGGUAAGCAACAGGACCAAGUCUGAGCCAAUGGAAAUUGGGCAGACGGCAUCCAAUAAGAUCACCCCGUUUCCUAUCCCCACUGCAGAGGAGUCCAGCUUGAGUAACAACACCACAGUGAACAGCAGUAGCAGUACUGGGGUGCUGAAGACCAUCACCCAAGUCACCACAACCACUACUACCACCAUGUCAACAGAGUCUCGCACGGUGCAGAUAGCCGAGGUCUCCAGCAGCACUAAGCCUGCAGUGAUGCCUGCUGCAGAGAGCAGUGCUGUGUCCACCCUCACCACCAUGACCAAGACCACCGUCACCAGGGUCAGCUCCCCGACCCUCGAGGCCGCCGUCUCCGAGGAAACCAAGACUGUUGUCACUGCAAUGUUGACAGAUGCCAAAUCUGGCCCCUCAGGCUCUUCAGUCACCUCCAUGACAGUCAGUAAGGAGUACUCCACCAGAGACCGUGUCCGGCUGCUAAAGUUCUCCCGCUCCAAGAAGACCCGCUCUGGCACGGCCCUCCCCUCCUACCGCAAGUUUGUCACCAAGAGUAGCAAAAAGAGCAUCUUUGUACUGCCUAAUGAUGACCUGAAGAAGCUGGUGAGGAGAGGGGGCAUCAGAGAGGUACCCAUCUUCAACUACAACGCCAAGCCAGCCCUGGACAUCUGGCCCUAUCCCUCCCCCAGACCCACCUUUGGAAUCACGUGGAGAUACCGUCUCCAGACUGUGAAGUCUCUGGCGGGGGUCAGUCUGAUGCUGCGGCUGCUCUGGGCCUGCCUGAGGUGGGAUGACAUGGCUGUCAAGCCCUCCCCUGCUGUAGGAACCACCCGCACAGAAUCCUCGGAGACGGCGAUCACCACAACAGAGAUCAUCAAGCGGCGAGAUGUGGGGCCGCACGGCAUCCGGUCUGAAUACUGCAUCAGGAAGAUCAUCUGCCCAAUUGGCGUUACCGAAGCUCCCAAAGAAACUCCCACUCCCCAGAGGAAAGGCCUGCGCUCCAGCGCUCUGAGGCCAAAGAAGCCUGAGCCGGCCAAGCAGACUGGACCAAUCGUCUUAGAGACGUGGGUGGCCGAGGAGGAGCUGGAGAUCUGGGAGAUCAGAGCCUUUUCAGAAAGGGUGGAGAGGGAGAAGGCCCAGGCUGCAGACCAGGCUAAGGUUAGUAGAACGCUGAAGACAGCAGAGGAGGCCAAGGCCCAAUUGGAGGCUCAGCUAAAGCACCAGAGAUUGGCUGCUCAGCAGAAACGGUUGGAGCAACAGAAGCCUGGUGCCACCACCACCUCCACCCCCACCAGCACCCCUACAACCUCAGCCUCUGGCACUCCGGCAUCCCUGACCAGCCAGGUCACCCCGGGGACUAAACUGGUCCUGGCCACCAAGCUGGGGACACCUGUCACAUUCCAGCAGAACAAGAACUUCCAUCAGUCGUUUGCUUCCUGGGUCAAGCAGGGCCAGGGUAGUCCAGGUAUGGUGCAAGUCCAGCAGAAUGUCCUGGGCAUUAUUCCAUCCAGUACCCCAGGCAACCAGCGGACCUACUCCUCAUUCCAGAACCGCAACGCAACCAUCAACAUCAGACCCAACACCUCCACCUCAACCACCACUCAGCCGGUCAUUGCCACCGGAGCCCAGAUCCGUCCGGGCAUGUCGGUGAUCCGAUCACCCCUGCAGCAGGGCACCACCAUGGGCAAAACCAUCAUCAGAACCCCCUUGAUGAUGCAACAAGGCCAGCAGCAGGUGGUGACUCAGAUCAUCCGGGGCCAACCUGUCUCCACAGCCGUUUCCAGUGCCAGCCCUGUGCAGACCAGCGCAGGCCAGAGGUUGCUGGGUGCCGCCCCGUCCCCCCGUCCUGUCACCCCUGCCCCCGGGCAGUCCCCAUCACCAUCCACCCCCCAAGGCGGCCGACCACAGCAGGGCCAGGUCAAACUCACCCUGGCCCAGCUCACCCAGCUAACGCAGGGGGCACAGGGAGGGAACCAGGGUCUCACAGUAGUAAUCCAGGGACAGGGACAGACCACAGGCCAGCUGCAGGUUAUCCCCCAGGGGGUGACAGUCAUCCCAGGCCCUGGGCAGCAGCUCAUGCAGGCUGCCAUGCCCAACGGCCAGGUGCAGCGCUUCCUCUUCACCCCAGGGGCAUCAGCCCCUGCCCCCACCCUCGCCACCACAGCCAGUGCUGCUGUCACCCCCGUCACAGCCACCACAACAACACCCUCAGUGCCAGCACUGUCUCAGCCUCCGGUUCAGACUCCCGCCACCUCUCAAGCACCGGCACAACCAGUCCAACCUCCUCAACAGGCUAUCGCUCAUGUCCAGCCUCCUCAACAGGCUAUCGCUCAUGUCCAGCCUCCUCAACAGGCUAUCGCUCAUGUCCAGCCUCCUCAACAGGCUAUCGCUCAUGUCCAGCCUCCUCAACAGGCUAUCGCUCAUGUCCAGCCUCCUCAACAGGCUAUCGCUCAUGUCCAGCCUCCUCAACAGGCUAUCGCUCAUGUCCAGCCUCCUCAACAGGCUAUCGCUCAUGUCCAGCCCCCUCAACAGGCUAUCGCUCAUGUCCAGCCCCCUCAACAGGCUAUCGCUCAUGUCCAGCCCCCUCAACAGGCUAUCGCUCCAGUCCAGCCCCCUCAACAGGCUAUCGCUCCAGUCCAGCCCCCUCAACAGGCUAUCGCUCCAGUCCAGCCCCCUCAACAAGCUAUCGCUCCAGUCCAGCCCCCUCAACAGCCUAUCGCUCCAGUCCAGCCCCCUGCCCUCGCUCCUGCCCACCCUCCAGUGUCCACACAUCAGACUCAACCUCCUCAGACUCAAGUCCACAUCCCCCUCCAGUCUCCCACUGCCUUACCCAUCCAGCAGAUAGCCCAGAUCCCAACCUCUCCACAACAGGUCCAUAUGAAAACUCUCUCGGUCUCCCCCUCUAUCACCCAGGGCACAGUGAGGCCUAUCCAGGCCCAUGCUCAACUCCAGCCCCAGGUUCCGGCUCAGAUCAGGCCGCAGCAGCUGCAGCUCCACCACCAACACCAGCUGAUCACAGUGCCGGGGCUGCAGCAGCAGGUCCAGGUGCUGGGCACCAUCCAGACCCACGUGGCGGCCCAGCUCCAGGCCCAGCAGGGUGGGGCGGUGCCCCAGCAGAUCAAGCUGCAGCUGCCUAUCCAGAUCCAGCAGGCAGGAGGCCAGGUGCAGGCCCACCAGAUCCAGAACGUGGUGACCAUCCAGACAGCCAGCGUGCAGGACCACCUGCAGAGGAUCCAGCAGCUCAGAGAGCAGCAGCAGAAGAAGAAGCAGCAGGAGGCCAAAAGGGAGCAGAGCCUGCAGGCCUCCAGCCCCAGCGACAUCAUCCAGAAACAGGUGGUGAUGAAGCAGAAUGCUGUGAUAGACAAUCUGAAACAGAGGAAGACCAUGACUCCAGCAGAGCGGGAGGAGAACCAGAGAAUAAUCGUCUGCAACCAGGUUAUGAAGUUCAUCCUGGACAAGAUCGACAAGGAUGAGAAGCAGGCGGCUAAGAAGAGGAAGAAGGAGGAGUCUGUGGAGCAGAAACGCAGCAAGCAGAAUGCCACCAAGCUCUCGGCUCUGCUCUUCAAGCACAAAGAGCAGCUCAAGGCUGAGAUCCUGAAGAAGAGGGCUCUACUGGACAAGGAGCUGCAGCUGGAGGUUCAGGAGGAGCUGAGGAGGGACAUCAGCAGGCUGAGGAAGGAGAAGGAGAAGGCCCAAGCUGCAGCCUCUCAGGCAGCUGCUGCUGCAGCCGCAGCCCAGGUGGCCUCAUCCCUCUCCCCCACCAUGGCCUCGCCCUCCUCCGCCCACAAACGCAAGAGGGACGACGAGAGGGACUCGUCCUCCGCCAAGCCCAAGAAGAAGAAGAUGAUAUCCACUACCUCAAAGGAUCACAAGAAGGAAGUGAAGCUGUACUGUGUCUGUAAAACGCCCUAUGACGAGGCCAAGUUCUACAUUGGGUGCGACCUGUGCUCCAACUGGUUCCACGGUGCGUGUGUGGGCAUCACGGAGAAGGAGGCCAAGAAGAUGGACGACUACGUCUGUAAUGGCUGCAAGCAGGGCCAGGACUCACAGGACUCAGAGGGCACCACGGAGGAGCUGUACUGCAUCUGCCGGACGCCAUAUGAUGAAACACAGUUUUACAUUGGCUGCGACCGUUGCCAGAACUGGUACCACGGGCGCUGUGUGGGCAUUCUGCAGAGUGAGGCCACCCACAUAGACGAGUACGUGUGCCCGCAGUGUCAAUCCACGGAGGACGCCAUGACGGUCCUCACACCGUUAACCGGCAAGGACUACGAGGGUUUAAGAAGAAUCCUGCGCUCCUUACAGGCUCACAAAAUGGCGUGGCCGUUCCUUGAACCAGUAGAUCCCAACGAUGCUCCUGAUUAUUAUGGCGUUAUAAAGGAACCGAUGGACCUCUCCACAAUGGAAGACAAAUUACAGAAACGGUAUUACAACAAGCUCACUGAGUUUGUGGCGGACAUGACCAAAGUCUUUGACAACUGCCGCUACUACAACCCCAACGACUCCCCCUUCUUUCAGUGUGCCGAAGUUCUGGAGUCAUUCUUUGUACAGAAGCUCAAAGGUUUCAAAGCUAGCAGGUCUCAUAACAACAAACUACAGACUUCGACCUCUUAGUAUAUACCACAUAUUUGAACAACAAAAAAAUGCACUCUGUGAGAAUUGGGAUCAAUUCUGAACAAUUAAUCCAUGUUGGGACCUGGCUCCUGUGCUUUGUGACCUCCACUCCCUCCUUCUGGCCCCACUACGCAGCCCCCAAAGGAAGACUCUCCCUGUAAGACCAGCAGCGCUGCUCCCACCGAACUGUCAGGUGGAGCUGCUGCCUGCAGACCUCUGCCACAUGGACAUUUUAAAAUGGAGGGUUUGAAUAAAGGCAUUUCUGAAAAAGGUUACCUUGAAGAAAAUACUUUUUUGGAGAUCUCACGUUUCCUUGUUCGUUCUUCUUGAUUUGAUUCUUUGUUACCCCUCUAGCCAGUUGAAGAAAUUAAGAAAAGCUUACGCUUCCAUGGCCAUGCCCAUAACAAAAAAAAAAACAUUUGACGCCUGUUUGAACGUUGAAAAAUGUUGAGCUGAGUUGCACUCAGUGUAUCAGAUUGCACAGUGCACUUAUGUGUGUCUAUACCCUUUCAAUCACUUUAUUAGAGGUGGUGUGAAAGAUGCAUCUCAUUGGGAAGGACUUGCUUGAGUUUGGACCUACUAGCUUUCUGGACACUAACAGAUUGAGUUUCAGUCAAGCUAUGCUGAAAGGAAUAAAGUAUUUAGUACUAAUUGCCCGGCAGUAAUGACACUGCUAAGGAUAAAAACAACAUGUAUUUGAAGGUAUCCUGCCCUGUUUGUAAAACUUGUCAGAUUUUGAAUUUUUGUUUUUGUAUUACAGCUGAAGAGAUUGAUGUAUAUGAAACAUAAUAAAUGGAGAAGACUGAGCUCUCUUCCACUACUGAAA